AGCUCUCAAGCAAUAGGUCAGCCUCUUUUCAAGCAGUAGAAGCGGGAAAUCCAGCAUGUUCAAGAUUUUCGCUCUGGUUGCCUGUUUGGUCGUAGCGGUCUUGGCGUAUGAGGAGUAUCAUGCGCACCCCAAGUACAAGUUCGAGUAUGGAGUGAAGGAUGCUCACACCGGGGAUAACAAGGAACAGUGGGAGCACCGGGAUGGUGAUGCCGUGCAAGGAUCCUAUUCGCUCCACGAACCGGACGGUACCCACCGAGUGGUGAACUACAAAUCGGACAAACACGUUGGAUUCCAGGCCCAUGUGCAGCGUGCUGGACACGCUAGUCAUCCGGCCGUGUACGGUGAACAUCACGAUGGACACGGGCACGGUGGUGAGAGUUAUGCCAAUAUUGAUCAACAUCACUAGGAUUGAUCUUGAUGAGACGGCGUCACUCGUCGUUGUCGCAGAGUGGUGC